UGGCCGCGAACUUGGAUAGUUUUAAAAGAAGUUUAGACAAAUUCAUGGAGAAGGCUAUCAACGGCUGUUAGCCAUGAUGGCUGCAGUAUCCCUCCACUGUCAGAGGCAACAUGCUUUCAGAACACCAGCUGGUGGGAACUGCAGGUGGGGAGAGUAUUGCUGCGGCACUUGGGUUCUGUUUGCGGGCUUCCCAGAGGCACCAGAGUGGCCCCCGUGAGGACAGGAUGCUAGACUAGAUGAAUCAUUGGCCUGAUCCAGCAGGACUCUUCUUAUGUUCCUUCUAGGCAGGCACCUUCACUGUAAUGUGUUUGGUGCCUGCUAAAAACACCUCUGCGUAGGCAAGCAAAUCCAGACUGGUCAAGUUAAUAUUUUAAGAUGCACCGUAAGUUUUUUCUAUAUUGUAUAUUGUUAAAUAGUGAUUUUAUCACUCUCUUUGGGGGGGGGGGAGGUCAACUAGUUUUUAUCAAUAAUUUUAAUGUAUAUUUUAUAUAAACUACUUAGAGGUUUUUUACAAUUAAUUGGCAAACAUAUUCUGUUAAAUAAAUAAAAUAGAAUUAUGCACAACAAUUAUAUCCCUAUCUAUCUAUCUACCUACCUAAAUGCCUGCACUUGAGACAGGCCAUAAGACAGAUGUCCAUUUUACAGUUGAGCAAACUGAGGCUGGGGAUGGAAAAAAAAUGCAUCUUCCCUUUCUAAAGUGGGAGGUUAACCCCAGGGCCACUGUCCAGUUGCCUCAUUACCGCCUCCUCUCCAAGUGAGGGGGGAGACCAAACCUUCCCUUUUAAUGUGUGUGUGUUUGUGGGUAUGUGACUGGUGUUGAACCCCCCUUCCCUCUUUCUCUCCACCUCUGUCCCAGACACGACGGCCGCCCUGCGCCUCAUGGAAGAGUCAUUGUUGCUGGACCAGAAUUUUCGACACAAGGCAGAAAAACUCCUUGGGAUUUUCCAAAGUGAACUGUUUCAGGCUCUCCUGGAUAUCCAGGAGUUUUAUGAAGUGACCAUUUCAGACACUCGCCCCACAACUUCACGGAGGCCUCGGCCUAAGAAAUAUCGUUACCAAGAUGAAGACAGCCCCCCGUUGGAGCACAGCCCCGCCCACCUCCCCAACCAGGUAAAGGCCCCCGAGCUGGUCCACGUGGCGGAGAAGAACCUGUCCCAGAUCGAGAGCGUCCACGGCUAUGUGUCUCACUCGCACAUCUCCCCCAUGAAGGCCAACUCCCCACCGGUAAUUGUCAACACAGAUACCUUAGAAGCACCAGCUUAUGUAAAUGGAACGGAAGGUGAAAUGGAAUACGAAGAAAUAACUCUAGAGCGGGGUAACUCCGGUUUGGGAUUCAGCAUCGCCGGUGGUACUGACAACCCCCAUGUUGGGGAUGACCCAAGCAUCUUCAUCACUAAGAUCAUCCCUGGUGGGGCAGCAGCACAAGAUGGCAGGCUAAGGGUGAACGACAGCAUCCUCUUCGUCAAUGAUGUGGACGUGCGGGAGGUAACGCACAGCACGGCUGUUGAGGCUCUGAAGGAGGCCGGCUCCAUUGUGCGUCUGUAUGUCAUGCGCAGGAAGCCCUUGGCUGAGAAGGUCAUGGAGAUCAAGCUGAUCAAAGGCCCCAAAGGCCUUGGCUUCAGCAUUGCAGGUGGUGUUGGCAACCAGCACAUCCCCGGCGACAAUAGUAUCUACGUCACCAAAAUCAUAGAGGGGGGUGCAGCCCACAAGGAUGGGCGCCUGCAGAUUGGGGACAAGAUCCUGGCGGUAAACAAUGUGAGCCUUGAAGAUGUUAUGCACGAAGAUGCCGUUGCAGCCCUGAAGAACACAUAUGAUGUCGUCUACUUGAAGGUGGCCAAACCCACAAAUGUUUACCUGAAUGAUUCUUACGCCCCGCCUGACAUCACUUCCUCCUAUUCCCAGCACCUCGACAAUGAAAUUGGUCACCAGAGCUACCUGGGCACAGACUAUCCACAAGCCAUGACCCCUACCUCCCCUCGGAGGUACUCCCCCAUCCCUAAGGAGCUGAUGGGAGAGGAGGAUAUACCCAGGGAACCGCGUCGCAUUGUCAUUCACCGUGGCUCAACAGGGCUGGGCUUCAACAUUGUUGGGGGUGAAGAUGGCGAGGGAAUCUUCAUCUCUUUCAUCCUGGCUGGGGGGCCGGCCGACCUCAGCGGGGAGCUCCGGAAAGGGGACCAGAUCCUCUCGGUCAAUGGUGUGGACCUCAGGAACGCCACACACGAACAAGCAGCCAUUGCUCUGAAAAACGCCGGCCAGACGGUCACCAUCAUUGCUCAGUACAAACCGGAUGAGUACAGCCGCUUUGAGGCCAAGAUCCACGACCUCCGGGAGCAGCUGAUGAACAGCAGUUUGGGCUCAGGGACAGCAUCGCUGCGGAGCAACCCCAAGAGGGGUUUCUAUAUCCGGGCGCUCUUCGACUAUGAUAAGACCAAGGACUGCGGUUUCCUGAGCCAAGCGCUGAGCUUCCAUUUUGGCGACGUCCUGCACGUGAUCGACGCUUCCGACGAGGAGUGGUGGCAGGCACGGCGCGUCCACCCGGAUGGCGACAGCGACGAGAUUGGCUUCAUCCCCAGCAAAAGGCGGGUCGAGCGGCGGGAAUGGACACGGCUAAAAGCAAAGGAUCGGGUGCCAGGAUCGGGCUCUCAAGGUCGAGAAGAUGCUGUCUUGAGCUAUGAAACCGUUGUACAAAUGGAAGUUCACUACGCUCGACCCAUCAUUAUCCUGGGUCCCACUAAGGACCGAGUCAACGAUGACCUCCUCUCGGAGUUCCCUGACAAAUUUGGCUCCUGUGUCCCACACACCACUCGGCCGAAACGGGAGUAUGAAGUGGAUGGGCGGGACUACCAUUUUGUUGCCUCGCGGGAGAAGAUGGAGAAGGACAUUCAGAGCCACAAGUUCAUCGAGGCCGGCCAGUACAACAGCCACCUGUACGGGACGAGCGUCCAGUCAGUGCGCGAGGUGGCUGAGCAGGGCAAGCACUGUAUUUUGGACGUUUCGGCCAAUGCCGUACGGAGGCUGCAGGCAGCUCAACUUCACCCCAUCGCCGUUUUUAUCCGGCCACGCUCCCUCGAGAAUGUUCUAGAAAUUAACAAGCGGAUAACAGAGGAGCAGGCGCGGAAAGCCUUUGACAGAGCUACAAAACUGGAGCAGGAAUUUACAGAGUGCUUCUCGGCCAUCGUAGAAGGAGACAGCUUCGAAGAGAUCUACCACAAGAUCAAAAGAAUCAUUGAGGAGCUCUCCGGCCCAUACAUUUGGAUCCCGGCUCGUGAGAGACUUUAGGAGCCUAAUGUGAACUGAUAUUUCCCGGAAGGGAUGGCAAAACCAACCACCACCGAAUCUGCGACAGAGCUGUCCUCUCUGGAGAGGGGGACCGACUCUUGUCUCUUGCCACUGAACUUAGCUGUUUGGUUAAUAUUUUGGGGUUGGGUGGGGAUGUCUUGGGACAGGCUUCUUUUGUUUCUUCCGUUGACUCUUUAAUAUUCUCAAUUUUUUGUUUUCCUUUUUCCUUUUUUCUUUUCUUCUUGCGUGAUCCAGCUCCCCCGCCCCUAAUCCUGAUUCAAAACCGCUCCCGUUUUAAUUUCUGCAGCAAAUGUGGGGCUUUCUUCCAUCCCCCAACAGCGCUAGCGCAUGCAUGCUGUCAUUUGGGGGGGCAGGUGGUGGCACAGGGGAAGAAUGGGGGGGUUUGUUUCUUAGGUUCUGGUCUGUUUCGUUUUACAAGCAGCAAGGUGGAGGGGAGGCACACGCAGACUCUGAACUCAGAGAGAGAAAGACUGAAACAAACUUAUUGUGGGAAAGAAGAGAGAGAUAUUUUUUAAGAAAAACUUUCUGCAAAUGGAAGCCACUUUUGAUGAGUUUACUUUCCAGAACUCCCACCCCUUUUUUCAGUGAUUCAGAAGAAAAGAAGGCAUUGCUGCUGAGGAGUUUUAAAGUUCCCUGAUUGUGGUUUCAUCAUUAGGGCAGAGAAGAGGGAUGGAUAUUUGGGAGUUUUUUUAAAAAAAAAUUGGAAGGACAAAUUCACCAAGCUAAGUUUAUGCUGUUUUAAAAAAUAAAAAAAAUCUGACUAUUUUCCCCUUGGAAGGAAACAAGGAUACCUUUUCCCGUUCCUUCCCUCUUUUGUUUUGGCUGAACAAUAUUCUACGAUUGAAACAAGCACAGACCCAGGACUGAUGAAUCCGAGAUAAUCCUCACUUGCAAGAAUGGCCUGAUGAUGACAAUGACGUUGGGAUAUAAUAUAUCUAUAUCUAUAUAUAUCUGUAUCUAUAUAUAGAUAGAUAGAUAUUAUUUUCAGUUGACUUUUUCUCUCUUUUUGAUUUUCUCUUUCAUUUCGUUUUGUUUUUUUCCUCUUCAUUGCAUGAAGUUUACUUUUGUGGCUUCAAAAUUUAGCAGGAAAGGGAUAACAAAAAAAUAAUAAUAACAAUAAUCAUGGAACCAUUUUUGCUAAUCCAGCAAUCUAUAUUUUUCUUUCUGGGGGAGGGAGAGGAGAGAGAGAAAAAGAAGAGAAAGGUUGAAAAAAAGGGGAAAUAGAGUUUUUUUUGAUGUCCUGUGACUAUUUUUUGGGGUCAUAUCAAGUAUUUUGGUGCGGCUGUGCGUGAUGUAUGAAAAAAAAAUACACAGAGGAGAACAGUUUUAGUGGGUGGGAGAUAUAUUUCAGAGGGCUGUUUUAAGUUCACUUUGAAGAUUUUAAUUUCCAAAUCUAAUGGAUUAAUUAUUAUUUUUUGUAUAUAAAGAAAAAAACAGAGAUUGGACUUAACGGGUUGGGGGAGUUGGAGAUAUUUAGCCCCCCAACCCCACUGCUCCAGCCACUGCUGGCCCCCGGCAAGACAUGAAACUCUCCAAAAGUUCGCCUGUCCGGGGGUAGGCGGAAGGUCCCAGGUUAAACUUGUACUCUAGGAAGGAAGAGCUGCUUGUGUGUCAGUGGAGAAGUUCAUUUCUGUAGCUGCUGUGAAGUUAAGCAGCUUGGAUUCUGCUCCAAAUGCUUGAACUAAGCUUUCGCUCGAACUGGGUUCUCCCCUGCCCCACCCUCCAAAAGCAAGCCUCACCCUGACCGUUCAUAGAAAUAAUUUUUUAAAACGACAGGGGUUGAAUCUAACAUUGUAAUUAUAUGUUGGACCUGGUCUGAAAGCUCCGAAGGCUGGCUACCACCCCCACCCCGCCCAAGGAGCGCAAAUGUCUUCUUCUUUUUUAACAACCGCUGAGUUGAGGCAAAAACAAAGAUACUCUACAGAAAACAAAGGAAAAGAUGCAGCUGGAAUGGAGGUCCAGAGCACAAGGAUACCAACGCACUUGGAGGGGGGGUGGGGCAUCCCAGGGUUGUGUUUGCCCCCCCCUCCCCCAAAGUCGCUCCAGCUCACACGACUGAAUAUGCCAAUUCACCCACAGGCCAGUGGGGUAAAGCUGGGGGGGGAGAGUUUACUCUGGGGAAACUGCCCCCAUCCAUGGCAAAGAUGGCGCCUGACAGAUGUGGCCUCUGAUCCUGAUUUGAACAGUUUGAUCUGGCCCUCUGCACCCCCUCUUCAGGCCCUUCUAGAAGUGUGCCGUUUCGAGCAGGGCAGCCCAGACUCCUGAAACCCCCUGGGAUUUCUAAGAGGGCCCAGAAGGGACCAGACACUUUGCGUCUCUUCUCCUUGGCCCCCCCUCCCCUCCCAGUAAUGCUCGCUGAACACAAUGGGUGCCUCCCGUCACACUGAUUUGUUAAGGGCUUUCCUCCCAAGGGAAUGGGGUUCCUGGUGCCAACCCCCUCCUCCCCCCCCAAAAAAACCCCCAGUGUGUUGGCAUGGAAGGGGUUGGUCAGACGCAAAGGGUUCUUCCCCCCUCCCCUGGGGCAUUAUUUAAAAAACAAAACAGGAUGUAAUUGGAGGUUGUUUCUUGCUGGGGGCCACGUGAAGUUUGU